AUGGCGUGUGGCAGUGGGACGGUCACCAUCCAGCUGGUGGAGGAGGAACCAGGCCCUGAGGCCCGGGGCCCCAAACUCUUUCGGGGUCAGAGCUACGAGGCGAUCCGUGCCACCUGCCUGCAGGAAGGGAUCCUGUUUCGGGACCCCUACUUCCCGGCCUGCCCAGAAGCACUCGGCUAUGACCUGCUCGGCCCAGACUCCGAGAGGGCAAAAGGGGUGGAAUGGAAGCGGCCCCAUGAGUUUUGUGAUGAACCCCAUUUCAUCUGUGAGGACAUGAGCAGAACAGACGUGUGCCAGGGGAGGCUGGGUAACUGCUGGCUGCUGGCGGCUGCUGCCUCCCUCACGCUGUACCCACGGUUGCUUCGGAGAGUGGUGCCCCAGGGACAGGGCUUCCGGCAUGGCUAUGCAGGAGUCUUCCAUUUCCAGAUCUGGCAGUUUGGCCGCUGGGUGGACGUGGUGGUGGAUGACCGGCUGCCAGUGCGGGACGGGAAACUGGUGUUUGUGCGCUCGGAGCAGCGGAACGAGUUCUGGGCCCCCCUUCUGGAGAAGGCCUAUGCCAAGUUGCAUGGUUCCUACGAAGUGAUGCAGGGCGGCCACAUGAACGAGGCCUUCGUGGACUUCACGGGCGGCAUCGGGGAGGUGCUGUACCUGAGACACGACAUCCCCGGCCUCUUCCCCAUCAUUCGCCAUGCUCUCUCCAAGGAGUCCCUGGUGGGCGCCACUGCACUGAGUAAUCGGGGCGAGUACCGCACAGAGGAAGGGCUGGUGAAGGGACACGCGUACUCAGUCACAGGCACCCAUAAGGUCACCCUGGGCUUCACCAAGGUGAGGCUGCUGAGGCUCCGGAACCCAUGGGGCCGCAUAGAGUGGAAUGGGGCCUGGAGCGACAGCUGCCCACGCUGGGAUGCCCUUCCCCCUGAGUGGCGAGAGGCUCUACUGGUAAAGAAGGAGGACGGGGAGUUUUGGAUGGAGUUGCAGGACUUCCUCAAACACUUCAACACAGUGCAGAUCUGCUCGCUGAGCCCUGAUGUGCUGGGCCCAGAGCCUUCAGGGGGUGGCUGGCACAUUCACACCUUCCAGGGUCGCUGGGUUCGAGGCUUCAACUCUGGCGGGAGCCAGCCAGGCGCUGACACCUUCUGGACGAACCCCCAGUUCCGCCUGACUCUGCUGGAGCCCGAUGAGGAGGAGGAGGAUGACGAUGAGCCCCGGGGGGGCCGCGUGCCCAAGUGCACGGUGCUGCUUUCUCUCAUCCAGCGCAACCGUCGCUGCCUGCGCGCCCAGGGCCUCACCUACCUCAGCGUGGGCUUCCAUGUGUUCCAGAUCCCAGAAGAGCUGCUGCAGCUCUGGGACUCGCCCCGCAGCCGCUCGCUGCUGCAGAACCUGCUGAGGGCCGACCGCUCGCCCUUCUGUGCCCGCCGCGACGUGAGCCGCCGCUGUCGCCUGCCACCUGGCCACUACCUGGUCGUGCCCAGUGCCACUCGCACAGGCGAGGAGGCCGACUUCACGCUGCGCAUCUUCUCCGAGCGCCGUCACACCGCCGUGGAGAUCGACGAUGUCAUCAGCGCGGACCUGCAUGCCCUGGCGGUGCCCUAUGCUCCCAUGGAGCUGGGAUUGGAGCUGCUGUUCCUGGAGCUGGCAGGAGAGGAAAUGGAAAUCUGCGCCCCUCAGCUCCAGCUCUUGCUAAACAUCGCCCUGGAGCCUGUCAGGGCGCACAGCCGUGGAAUUCUGCGGGAGAUCGGCCCCAGGACCUGUGAACUACUGCUUCGCUGUUUCGGGCAUGGCGACGGCCUGGCCCUGCACCAAUUCUAUCAGCUGUGGGGCCACAUCCUGAAGUGGCAGGAAACCUUCGACAAGUUUGAUGAAGAUGAGUCAGGAACCAUGAACUCCUGUGAGCUGCGACUGGCACUGAAUGCAGCAGGCUUCCAUCUGAACAACCAACUGACCCAGGCCCUCACCAGUCGCUAUCGGGACAGCCGGCUGCGCGUGGACUUCGAGCGCUUUGUGUGCUGUGCGGCCCAGCUCACCUGCAUCUUCCGCCUCUGCAGCCAGCACCUGGAAGGGGGUGAAGGGGUCGUCUGCCUGACCCACAGCCAGUGGAGGCAGGUGGCUUCCUUCUCCUAG